AUGGCGGCUGUUAAUAGCGGUCUCCUGUUAGCUCUUAUGUUCUCCUUGCUUGCUGUGGUGGAUAUAAAUGCAGAUUCAUCGAAAUGCCAAUCCACAAAUGCUUCAGUUCUGGGAUAUGAGGUACUGCCCGGAAAUGGAUGGGAUAACAUUAGAAAUGAAGUAAGAGGCCGUGUUGUCCUACGUAACUACAGCACAUGUAAAAUCACCGAAGAUGGUCGAUACUUGAUUCCAGAUGGAGUGUUUGCCAUUCCAAUAAAGUCUAGUCAAGUGGAGCUUUUCUCACAGCUGAUUGACAACUGGAUGAAUUUUACCUCAGACACGGCUGCAAGCAUCAACUUAGACGGUUCUAUUACUAUCGAUGAUCUUCCUAUCAAUGGCAAAUUCUCAACGGAGUUCCAGGGCGUUAAAGGUCACCAAGUGAACGAUGAUUCCGCAACAAUGAAAGUAAAGGCGAAAUACGUUCGGUACUCGGCAAAACUUCAACCAGUUACGGCAUUCGAUCCAUACUUCCUGGAACGCGUCACUAGUAUUGCGCAACAUAUACAAUUUAACCGAACCAAUUCCGCCAAAUAUGAAAGUCAGCUUCUUGUGAGAAACUUUGGAACACAUGUUGUUACAAGUAUAGAUGCCGGUGCAGCUAUCGUUAAGAUUGAUCAUAUAAACAGAAGUUUGCUGGAAGAUUCUUCGAUAAAUCGUUUUCAGUUAUCACUAGCCGCCAGUUCUGAUUUCUUUCACGGUAGUGGAUCAGGCAGUAUUGACCCGACAACACUUCAAAAGUAUUAUAGUUCACUCACUCAUUCAUCCAUCAACACUUACGGUGGACCUAUUUAUAAGCCCAUGAAUUUCAGUAUCAACGAAUGGGUGGAUGGAAUACAAGACGACCUGGUGGCCGUAGAUCGUUCUGGAGAUCCACUGCAUUUCCUUAUUCAACCGAAACUAUUUCCGAACAUUCCCGUGUCAACAGUAUAUGAACUAGCUUCCUACAUUGAUCAAGCAAUCAAGGCAUACUACAAAUACAACACUUAUAAAGGGUGCACCGACCGUGAUUCAACUAACUUCAAUUACUACGCCAAUGUUGAUGAUGGAUCUUGCUCCCACAAUAUUUCUGGACUUGUGUUUGGUGGCAUGUUUCAACAAUGCAACGAAUCCGGGGCCAUUCCAAAUAUAUGUCAACGUUUUGAAAGCAAAAACCCUUUGACAGGAGACUUCUCGUGUCCUGAAGGAUUUGAUUUAAUGCCGCUCUUCACUGAUCAUCAAUCUUUUACACAAACGCAGAAAGUAUGUUCGAAAUAUUUGGUCUUUUGGUCAAAAUGUCAUGAAGUUUCUAUUACUGGAAGAGCCACUUUCUCAUCGUACUGGUGUGCAGCAAAGGGACAAUUCGCAAAUCCCACUGGUUUCCUGUUUGGGGGUGUGUUCUCAGAUACAAUUAUCAAUUCAGUAACUCAGCAGAAAAACUGUCCACCAUAUUUCAACCCAAUUAAAACGGCCAAAGAAUUGAGCGUUUGUGUUACAAACGACUUCGAAAACGGAGAAAAAUACGCUAUGCCCUUUGCUGGAUUUUUCAGCUGCCAAAAUGGAAAUCCGAUUACAGGAGGUUUGGACACAACAGUUGAUACUGUUAUAGGUUGUCCCCCGGGAUAUAGCCAGCAUCUUGCCACAACGGAAGAUGAUUGUGAUUUAAUGUACUGUACACGACCUCUCACUAUCCCAGCUAGUCCCAUUGUAGCGGUUCGCAGUCCUCCAUUCAUGAAGCAACCACUGGAGACAAACUCAACCUCCGACUUCCUGGUCAGCGAGGACGGACAGCAAUGGACACAACUUUACUCUGUGGACUCCACCUUUAACGGAUUUAAUGGAACUGUCUCCGGAUGGAUUGUCAAUGAUGGUACAAAUUUGAAUAUGGAAUCCCUAUUAACAUCGAAACAGAAUCCAAGAAGUAGCGACACAAGGGUCUCUCCUGCGAAAGAAUCAUUUGGCAAAGACGAAGCUCAAAGGGCAGGAAACCACGUGGACUACAGAGGUGUUUCUGAAAAACACAUUUCUUUCAUUGUUGGUUCCUCCAUAGCUGCUACCCUUUUCUGCGUCUUUUUCACCACCGUUAUGAUUGCAGUUGUCAUUCGUUUUAAGCGUGGAAACAACUACCACAGAAUGACAAAUGAUGAACUGCACUCAGUUAAACACUGA